GGUCAGAAAAGGCUAUCACGACAAGGUUUUGCAAAAAAUAAUGAUUGCUAGCUCGGACGGCGGUUUCUGAAUUAUCUGUUUUAACAAGCAGAAUUAGCAUUGGAUCUAUAGUAACGUUAAUAUAGGCAGUAGUGGUAAUAAUUAGUUCAACAGCGGCGGCUGUAUUUUAUGUGCGUCGUUCAGGAGUCAUAACCUGCAAUCUUCGAGAUGCAGCGACUUGUUGUCAACACAGGAAAAAAAAUUGGUUUUAGCAUGAUUGCAGUUUUCUAGCCUUGUUUAGACAAAGCUGGACUGCAAAACUGAAAAUAUGUGCGCUAUGUAAUGCCAAUCCAGUCGACUCGCUAGCUUCUCCUCACCGUUUUCUUGCUGUCAAAGCGGUGACAGCUAGCUAAGCUAAGCCAAGCUAGCCGAGGUCUUGUUUACCAUCAUGGACAGGGAGGCGUACCGUAACUGCUGCAGCCUGGUCAAAAUACCCAGACAGUCGUACGAACAGUUCUGGUCUUCACAUUUUGUGGAUUACAUCGACAAGGAGCUGAGCUAUUCUAAGUUUUUCAAGAAAUACCUGCUCCCCAAUCACCCCUGUAUGUUUUCAAGGAGGUUUACAGAGGACUGGAAGUGUAGGAAACAGUGGGUGUCUGAGGAGGGGAAGCCUAAUUUCCAGAAGCUGCUGCAAGAGUUUGACGAGACUCCUGUUCCUGUUGCAAACUGCAAUGCAAAGGAAUACAAUGCGAAUCCUAAACAAGUUAUGCCUUUCAAAGAAUUUAUACACUACUGGAAGGAGUACAUCCAGAAUGGCCACUCAUCGCCUAAAGGAUGUCUCUAUCUUAAAGACUGGCACAUGUCAAGGGACUUUCCAGAACACAAUGUUUACACCACACCAGUCUUCUUUUCUUCUGACUGGCUAAAUGAAUACUGGGAUACGCUUGAAGUGGACGACUACCGGUUUGUCUACAUGGGACCCAAAGGCUCAUGGACCCCGUUCCACGCUGACGUGUUCCGCUCUUACAGCUGGUCUGCAAACAUUUGUGGCAGAAAGAAAUGGCUCCUGUACCCUCCGGGUCAAGAGGAGUUUUUACGCGACACUCACGGCAACCUCCCUUACGAUGUAACGUCAGCUGAACUUCGAGACAGAGGCCUUUUCCCACACUCCGAAGAAGCCUGUCAACCUCUUGAAAUAAUUCAAGAGGCAGGUGAAAUCAUUUUCGUUCCCAGUGGCUGGCACCAUCAAGUUUACAAUCUGGAGGACACCAUCUCUAUUAAUCAUAACUGGUUGAAUGGCUGCAACAUAGAUAUCAUGUGGCAGUUCCUUCAGAAUGAGCUAUCGUCUGUUCAAAAAGAGAUAAAUGAGUGGAGAAACACAAUGGACUCGUGGCAUCAGCACUGCCAGGUCAUCAUGAAGGCCUGCUCUGGUAUCAACUAUGGAGAAUUCGCCUCGUUCCUGAAAAUCAUUGCUGGAAACCGAAUGACUUUCCUGAACGCGUGUUCCUCUGGAGAUUCCUCUGAUUACCCACGGCAUCUCUCAGAGACCCUCACCACACUCGGACCUUACCACGCUGCCUUUGACCUACAAAGAGUGGCCCACAUAAUUGAAUGCCUUCUCUGCAACGAAGACUUUAAGCGGCUCGAUCACUCAGCUUUGACUCUGCAGCCGGAAACCAUGUUACAGCAAAUUCGGGACACUAUACAAUCCACAAGGGGGCAGCAUCUCCUUUAUCAGGAGUAAGCCAUUCAGUCAGUGGUGUCCCAAUAAUGUAAUUAUCACCUGGAGAUAGCUUGAAUGCAAAGUGCCAAUUUGUAAGGUGCAAAAAAAGAUGAUGAUGGUGUUCUAUGCCUUUUUGUUUUGAGAUGAAAUGCAGUCUCAAAUGUUGCUUGUGAAUGCUUGGAAUUUGUUUUUUUGCACUGAAAGAUAAAAUGGUUAAAUAAAAAAAAAUCCACAAGCUGA